GGAUUUUACGACUACGUGUGAAAUAUAGGCCAUCGUUUGGGGCUCUUCUUCACACUGUCCCGCAAAAAAAGAAGGGGUUUCGUCUUCAUGGCGUGAGACUUAAGACGAGAUUUUACGACUUCUCUUCUCUGCGAGUCUAUGUAGGUGCAGCUGACCUCGCUUCACUUCUCGCCUCAGUUCAGAUGAGAUGGCCUCUUCACAUAAUGUUGAAUUGGAGGCUGCUAAGUUUCUGCAUAAACUUAUUCAAGAUUCUAAAGAUGAACCAGCCAAGCUGGCUACUAAACUCUAUGUGAUACUACAACACAUGAAAUCAAGCGGUAAGGAGCAUUCAAUGCCAUAUCAAGUGAUAUCAAGGGCAAUGGAGACUGUCAUCAACCAACAUGGUCUUGAUAUUGAAGCAUUGAAGUCAUCACGUCUUCCUUUGACUGGUGGUCCUCAAAUAGGUUCUUCUUCACAGUCAAUGAAUGUUACAAAAGAUUCCAGAGUGAGUUUGGCUGAAAAUGAGGUGUCCAAAAUGGACCCGUUUGCUUCUGGCCGGCCACCGGUUGCCCCAAGUGGUGGAGCACCUGAUUAUUAUCAAGGAUCUGUGGCACAGAGGAGUGGUCAGUCUUUUGAUCAAGGAAGUCCGUCUAGUUUGGAUUCUAGGUCUGCUAACUCACAGUCACAAGACAGACGUGAUACUGCUAAUUGGGACAAACAGGUGAGCCAAAAGGAUGGCAAGAAAGCCAUGACAAAGAGAAAGAGGGGAGAUACAUCAUCACCUGUGGAACUGCAUGUUGACAGUCCUUCACAGCUGGAUCCUCGCAAUACUGGUGUUAAUGCAAGGAAGGGGAAAAUGACCAAGGCUGAAUCAUCAGAUGGUCUUCCAGUUAAAAGUGGUGAACUAACCAACUUUAACAUGGCUCCAAAUAGUGGUCAAUUGGAGAAUAUUUCAGCUUUGUCUGGUAGCAUGAGAACAAUGCUUAGAGCAAACCAAGAAGGUCAUCAUUUAUUGGCAAAACAAACUGAUUUGACAAAGGUUGGCAAUCUGAUGGUGCGAGCACCUAAUUCAAAGUAUGCAGAAGACACGGAAGUUUCCUCUGCACAUAUUGCUUCAGGGAAGCAGCAAGGUGCUUAUGCAAAGGUUCAUGGAGGGAUGGCGGUUCCAGCUGGUGCAUCUUCAAUGGUUGAAGCUUUCUCAAAUUCAAUGCAAUAUGGUGGUGCAGUGGAGCGUGAUGGGGGAAGUUCUACUACUUUAGCUGAUGGACAUAAAAUUGCUCAGGUUGGCAGGCAAAAUAGUGGCUCAGAAAUAACUAUGCUUAGACAAGGUGUUCCUGCAAGAGACACAGGAAAACCUGCCAUGCCUUUCAAGGAACAACAGUUAAAACAGCUUCGAGCUCAGUGCCUUGUUUUCCUAGCAUUUAGAAAUGGUCUAGCACCGAAGAAACUACAUCUUGAAAUUGCACUUGGAACUGCCUUUUCUAGAGAAGAUGGUUCUCGCAAAGAUCUAAUUGACCACAAAGGAAAAUCACAAUCUUUUAAUGAACCAGGUAACUCAUCUGGGGUCAUGAUGCCAUUUGGAGGUCCCAGCAAUGUCAGACAGACAGAUAAAAACCCUUUGGGGUCCUCUUCAGCUGGCAAAAUUGUGGAGGCUGACUCUUUGUCAAAGGGAACUGAGAGCCCAAGAACAUUGGAGGACAAAGGUAACCUACAUGUCACAAAAAGAGGAGAGGUUGAAAGACGAAUUCAAGAAAGAGUGGCUGCUCAAGCUUCCUCUGCCACUUCAUGUCAGCAGCAAGAUUCUUCAAGUACAAGGGGUGCUGUAGUUGGUAAUAAUCAUUUGGAUGAUGUUGACACCGGUAAUAUGCAGGUUGGAAGAUCUAACCAAUCUUCUGUUGUUGGCCCAAAUAACUGGGCUGGUUUUGCUGGUGCUAAUGAGGCUUCAAAGGGACCUCCACAGGUCUCUACUAUUCAGCAUGAGUUGCCUAUAGAAAGAAGAGAGAAUAUUCCUUGUCAGUUUCAAAAUGUUGUUAACAAUUGUGGUUCACGGAAUCACAAUUCUGUUAAUCAGAUGUCUUUUUCUUUAAAAGAGCAAUGGAAACCUGUUCCAGGGACAGACAGUGAUCCUCAUGGAGCAACCAUGAUGAAGGAUGGGAAUGUAAUGAUAAAACACAUUUCUACAGAUGGCUUCAAAACAGUUCCACUUGAUAAUGCAUCAAAGCAUGGCAUCUCUUUUGCUACAGAGCAAGAUGGGAAUGAGAGGUUGGUAUCAGCUGAUUUGCCACCUUCUCCAAAAUGUACAAUGACAGAGAGAUGGAUCAUGGAUCAGCAGAAAAAGAGGCUUCUAGUUGAGCAAAAUUGGGUGCUAAAACAGCAGAAAACAAAGCAAAGAAUGGCUACAAGUUUUUACAAGUUGAAGGAAAAUGUGAGCUCCUCUGAAGAUAUUUCUGCUAAAACCAAAAGUGUCAUAGAGUUGAAAAAACUUCAACUAUUAGAGCUCCAACGUCGUCUCCGGAGUGAUUUUCUGAAUGAUUUUUUCAAACCAAUUGCAACCGAGAUGGAACAUUUAAAAUCAAUUAAGAAACAUAGGCAUGGUAGGAGGGUCAAACAACUUGAAAGGUUUGAGCUGAAAAUGAAGGAAGAGCGUCAGAAGCGGAUUCGUGAGAGGCAGAAGGAGUUUUUCAGUGAGAUAGAGGUUCACAAGGAAAAACUUGAUGAUGUAUUCAAAAUCAAGAGGGAACGGUGGAAGGGUUUCAAUAGAUAUGUGAAGGAGUUCCAUAAGAGAAAAGAACGUAUUCAUCGUGAGAAGAUUGAUAGAAUCCAGCGGGAAAAGAUUAAUUUACUGAAAAUAAAUGAUGUGGAGGGCUAUCUUCGAAUGGUGCAGGAUGCAAAAUCAGAUCGUGUAAAGCAACUACUUAAAGAGACCGAGAAGUAUCUUCAAAAGCUUGGGUCCAAGCUACAGGAAGCAAAGACUGCAGCAGGACGUUUUGGGCAGGACGUUGAUGAGACAGGAAAUGUCAGUUUUCUUGAGAAUAGUGAAACAGAAAAUGUGGAUGAAAGUGAUCAGGCAAAGCAUUAUAUGGAAAGCAAUGAAAAGUAUUACAAGAUGGCUCACAGUAUAAAGGAGAGCAUUGCAGAGCAGCCAUCUAGUUUGCUAGGCGGGAAAUUGAGGGAAUAUCAAAUGAAUGGCCUGAGGUGGCUGGUUUCCCUAUACAACAAUCAUUUGAAUGGAAUUCUUGCUGAUGAAAUGGGACUGGGUAAAACAGUACAGGUUAUUUCUUUAAUUUGCUAUCUGAUGGAGGCAAAAAAUGAUAGAGGACCAUUUCUUGUGGUUGUGCCCUCUUCAGUUCUACCUGGUUGGGACUCUGAAAUAAAUUUUUGGGCUCCUGGUGUUCAUAAAAUUGUCUAUGCCGGUCCACCAGAGGAGAGGCGUCGGCUAUUCAAGGAAAGGAUUGUUCACCAGAAAUUCAAUGUUCUUUUGACUACAUAUGAGUAUUUGAUGAAUAAGCAUGAUAGACCAAAGCUGAGCAAAAUACAUUGGCAUUAUAUAAUAAUUGAUGAAGGCCACCGUAUAAAGAAUGCUUCUUGCAAGUUGAAUGCUGACUUGAAACACUAUCAGAGCUCUCACAGAUUGCUGUUAACUGGAACACCUUUACAGAAUAAUCUUGAAGAGCUAUGGGCACUACUUAAUUUCUUGUUGCCAAACAUAUUCAAUUCAUCGGAGGAUUUCUCUCAAUGGUUUAACAAGCCAUUUGAGAGUGCUGGAGAUAGCUCACCUGAUGAAGCUUUAUUGUCCGAGGAGGAGAAUCUUUUGAUUAUAAAUCGUCUGCACCAAGUUUUGAGACCAUUUGUACUUAGGAGGCUGAAACACAAGGUUGAAAAUGAGCUGCCUGAGAAGAUUGAGAGACUAAUAAGAUGUGAGGCUUCAUCAUAUCAAAAACUUUUGAUGAAGAGGGUGGAAGAAAAUCUUGGUUCUAUUGGCAAUUCAAAGGCUCGAUCAGUGCACAACUCUGUCAUGGAGCUUCGUAAUAUAUGCAAUCAUCCAUAUCUCAGCCAGCUUCAUGCAGAGGAGGUGGAUAACUUCGUACCUAAACAUUAUCUGCCACCAAUUAUUAGACUUUGUGGGAAGCUUGAGAUGUUGGACCGUUUAUUACCAAAACUGAAGGCGACAGAUCAUCGGGUUCUUUUCUUUUCGACAAUGACUAGGCUUUUGGAUGUUAUGGAGGAAUACUUAACUUCAAAACAGUAUCGCUAUCUCCGGUUGGAUGGGCAUACAUCAGGAGGUGAUCGUGGUGCUCUGAUUGAACUAUUUAACCAACCCGGUUCCCCAUAUUUUAUUUUCUUGCUCAGCAUUCGAGCUGGUGGCGUUGGAGUGAAUCUUCAAGCUGCUGACACGGUGAUCUUAUUUGACACUGACUGGAACCCACAGGUGGAUCUGCAAGCUCAAGCAAGGGCUCAUAGAAUUGGUCAAAAGAGGGAUGUUCUUGUUCUUCGGUUUGAAACGGUUCAAACCGUUGAAGAACAAGUCAGGGCUUCAGCUGAGCACAAACUUGGCGUUGCUAAUCAGAGCAUUACUGCUGGUUUUUUCGACAAUAAUACAAGUGCUGAAGAUCGAAGAGAAUACUUGGAAUCGCUCCUGCGUGAGUGUAAGAAAGAAGAGGUUGCACCUGUUUUGGAUGAUGAUGCUCUAAAUGAUCUCUUAGCCCGAAGUGAAACAGAGUUGGAUAUAUUUGAGGCUGUUGACAAAAAAAGGAAGGAAGAUGAGCUGGCUACAUGGAAGAAAUUAGUGCUUGGACUGGCCGCUGAUGGCUCUGACUCUGAUAUUCCUCCACUUCCUGCUCGUCUGGUCACUGAUGAAGACCUGAAACAGUUCUAUGAAGCAAUGAAGAUAUCCGAUGUGCCUAAGGCUGAGGUAGAAUCUAGUGGAGUAAAGAGAAAGGGUGGAUAUAUUGGGGGCCUUGAUACUCAACAUUACGGCAGGGGAAAACGUGCAAGAGAGGUACGUUCCUAUGAAGAGCAAUGGACAGAGGAGGAGUUUGAGAAGAUGUGUCAGGUUGAAAAUCCAGAUUCACCCAACAAAGUAAAAGAAGUGGCAGAGAAGAGUUGUCCAACAAAUACUUCCAGCUCUGUUGUAUCUACUUCUAACUCACAACCUGUGGCUGUGCCUCCAGUGGUCCCAACAUUGCCAGCUGUGGAGAGUUUGCCGGUAGUGGUACAGCAAGUUAAAGAGAUAACCCCACCCGCCAAACGUGGUCGUGGAAGACCUAAAAGAAUAACUUCAGAUAAGUCACCAGCUGUGGUGAUCUCUCCAGUAACUUCUGGAACUGUUGAAGUAGACACGCAGUUACAGAAAGGAAUUGGGUCUGGACAUUUAGCAUCAUCAACUCCUGAUUCUGUUGCUCAUUCUGCUGAAGUUGUAGGUGUGAAUGCACCCGUGCAACAGUCUGAUCCGGGAGUUUCUCCUAACUCACAGCCUGUCAUUCCUAUGCCUUCUAUUCCACCAAAUUCUCAGGUAGCUGCUGUUCCUGUUUCUGUACCUAUUCAAGCAAGAGGACAAGGGAGGAAAAGUCAUGGUGGUGAAGGAAUUAGACGUAGAGGGAAGAAGCAGGUCAUGACUUCAUCUCCAAUCCCUGCUGGUUCUGUUGUUGCUGAUCUAAAGGUUAAUGAGAAAUUGGAAGAUACAUUGGUCAGUCCUUCUUCAGGUCAAGCUAUCUCCCAGAGUGAAACUGUUCCCAGCUCUGCUGCAGUUCCCCAUCCACCUUCUGCUUCUUUGAGCAGUGGAAAGGAUCCUGUGGGUGUUGGGAUUGUUUUGAAUUCUCAGGCACCCCCUCCUUUGCCCUCUAAUACAACCUUGAUUCAAACUGCACCCACUUAUCCGUCCGUGCAGAUGCAAAGUAAAGGACAAAAUCAGAAGUCACAGACUGGAGUUUCCCGCCGUAGGGGAAAGAAACAGGCAACAAUAUUAGCAUCGGUUCCAGAUCUUUUACAUCAGGAUUUACAUCAAACUGCUAAUUUACCUAUUUCAUCAGACAGUAUGUCUGGUGAAAAAGCCACUGAGUUAAAGAGCUUGCAAGCGAACAAUGUUCAAGAAUCAAAAUGUGUUGUCCAGGAUCAAGCAUCACAGAGCGUAGGUGAUCAGGAUUUAAAAUCACUGGGAGGAUCAGAUGAUUCAUCCAAACAGACAGUGAUCAUGUCUUCAUGUGAAGAUAGUAUGAUCAAAUCUCCAGGGCAAGAUCUUGACGAGGUUAAGAAUCCUGAUGCUCAUGAUUCUUCUGUGAAGGUUGUUAAAUCUUCUGAAAUUACCUCAUCGAAAAUUGAUGAAGUUUGCAAUAACUCGGGGAAUGAAACUUUACUUGUGACAACAGUGCCUGUUACCGAGGCGAUAAAGGAUCAACAUUUAGGUGGUAAAACUCAUAAUCAAACUGUUGAAACUUCAAAAACCUUCCCUUCAGUUGUUGAUACUUCAAUUAAUUCCUUGACUGGCAAUGAAACUACAGAAAACAUCAGCAAGUCUUUAGAUCCUGUGACUCCAAAGAUUGUUCCCAGUACAUUAAGUACUGUUUAUUCUUCCACGCCAGGCUCUGAAUCUACUCAUCCAGGAUCGAUUGAAUCCAUGCCCACCAAAAGGCAAGGUCGUAAAACUCAAAAUAGAGCAGAGCCACCACGGCGUAGGGGGAAAAAAUCAACUGCAGUGUUACCUGUUGUUCCUGAUGCUGUUACUGGUCAGGAUCCUAAGUUAAGUCAUCAUGCACAGAAUUCAUCAGGAGAUUCAUUGCUGGGUAAAGCCACUGCGAAUGUCACUCAAACCCAAGCAUUGGAGAUCCUUUUACCCUGUGGAGUAGUUAGUCAUGAUUCGAAUAGAAAAGAGAGGGCAACCAAUUCUACCCACAAUAAGCAACAGAAAGUUGCAUCAACAAGGAUUGAUGGUGCACCUAUCUCCACAGAUAAGAUUUCUGUGCAUGAUGUUGCACGGGUAAUGAAGGAAGUUUUCUCUGGAACUUGCAUACCAAAGCCUAAAGCUCAUGAUUCUGCUGGGAGCGAAGAUAGGAAUGCACCUGUUGUACCAGUACUGACUAAAGCUGCAGUGGAUGUCACUUCCAAUAACCAGAGUUUGAAGGAUAAAGUGUAUUCUGAUAUAGCAGCUACUGGUGCAGCAUGCCUUACUUCAAAUGUUGCUGUGAAUGUUAACGAAAAACAACCAGAAAUGGCAUCCAAUAUGCAGAAUUUGGAGGGUAAAUCAUGUUUAGAUAUGCCAAUUACUGGGGAACAUAACCUGACAUCAGAUGUUAAAGAAAAGGCUGAACAGAUGCUACAUUGUGUUGAAAGCUCAACCACGGGGUGUAAAAUAGCUCUUGAUACAACCCUCAAUGCUGUCCAAAAGACCGAUGGUUCUUCUGAGAGACUUCCUACCAGCUGUGCUCUCAAUGAUUUAAAUAUAGAUAGUUCUAGCCAUCAGAUGUGUUCAUCUUCAGGUGCUGAACCUCUUGCAGUAAUUGAUCACAAGAUUAAAAGCCAAUCCGACUCUUUAGAGAAGUGUUCAAGAUCUUCUCCACUUGAUAUUGGUAGCAUGGGAUGCCCACCAACUCCAUUGGAACCAGACACUUUUAGCAAUAAUCCUGUAACUAGUCAGGCUGAUACCUGCACUCAGAGCCAUUCAUCCACAAACAAACCUCCUGUUUCCACAGAACUCAUUUCUAAUGAAAAAUUGGAAUCUUUGGAACCAUCUUUGAAAUCUUCAUCUCUUGCUUGUGUUGACGGCUCUGGGUUUUUGGUUCAGACUGAAAAUUUGGGUGAUCAACCACAAGUGAUCCCAUCAAGUCCUGCAACAGAUCUUCCUCCAAUGACAAUGAUAGUUUCUAGUAUUUCGGAACAUGCCGAAGUUAAAAGUGAAACAGAGUCUACAUUAAAAGCUUCUGCUGAACUCUCUUCUGAUGAGGGGAUUGUUGGGUAUAAAGUUCCUUCUUCUCAGUUGCUGGAGACUGAGAAUCGGAAUCCAUUUGGACAUAAUUCUCAAAAGGCAUUAGAACCCUCCGUGAAACAGUGUUCAGAAUCAGCUUCUGAAAUGAAAGUUCCUGUGAGUCCUAAAGCUGUUCAAGUUCAGAAACAUCCAGAUGCACUAGAACCUGCUGAUUUGCAUGGUACUCCAUUGAUCGAGAGUUGCCCAAAAUCUCUCUGUGAGGAAAAAAAGGAUGAUGGGAAUUCCAUAUGUGAACCGCUUCAGUCUUGUGUUGUUGAACCUAUAAAUAUUGACCCUGUUUCCCAAGAAAAUAUAGUAUUACCCAUUCCUAUUGAGAAUCUAAAGACUGAUUCUUCUGAGGCUUGCCAUAUGGAAAUGGACACAUCAGACAGGUUAGUGUUGCCACAACCUUCUGGUUUGGAAGCUGUAGGGAAUGAUUUGGUUGGUAUUUCUGGUGUUGGCAGUCUUGUAGAGGGAAAUAAAUCUGAAGCUGCAGUUCUGCCCCCGUCAACCUUGAAAGAAGAGCAAAAUAGGGGAUUAGCUGUAACAUGUACAGUUAGGAGUUCAGAACCUUUGGAGGAGUCAAUGGAGAAGGGUGUGGCUAACGACUCUAGAGUCCAGGAGGAAGCAAAAGUUGAUAAAGUAGAAACCGAUAUUCAAAUGGAUUCAUCAAUUAGUCAGACUUUGCAAGCCAAACAUGAGAUUUUUCAAGAAAAUAUGAAUUUUCCCUCCCAUCUAAUGACGAAGGAAGAAAACAUAGAAGUCUCAUCCUCAAGGCCCCUAUCUAUCAGUUCAUCUCCAUCACAUGAAUUGAAGGAUUCUGAACUUGAACUAGGUGAUAAAUAUAUAUCUCAGGUUGAUGAUUCUCAGACUGGAUCUGAAGAUAAUAUGUUGAAGAGGUUGGAUUUAGUUUCAUCUCCUUCAGUUACGAAGGAAGAAGUGCUCAGUUCUACAUCUGAUAUUGAUGGUUCUGGAGGCCUUUCAACAUCUCUGAAUGUUCAUCAAUUAGUAACUGUCCCGGAUGCUGUCAAGUCUUCAUCAUCCCAAGUGAGAGAGGAAGAAAAGAUUGGAGUAUCUUCUGACAGUAAAUUAGUUGUGAGGUCUGUAUCUGAAAAUGACAUGGAAGGAACUGAUCUUUUGCCAGAAAAUCCUUUGCUGGAAAUCAAUAAAAUGUCAUCAGAUUCCCCAAUGAUUAUUAGCCACUCUGUGAAGGGUCGAGUGUCAUUUGUGAAAGAAGACAAUUCAGUAAUUAAAAUUAGUGAUCAAAUGGAUGCUUCUCAGGUCUCUGAGAAUAAUUCAGAAAGGGUUACUUCCAAAUGCAUGGAUGUACCUUCUUGCUUCCAAAUGGUGGAGGGAGAUAAUGUUGAUAUGUUGUCUGACAAGGGCCCUCUUUGCAAUUCCCUUGCUCCUAGUGAACCAAGAGACCCUUUGAUUGAGAAUAGUAGUGAUGGCAUCGAGGAUUCUAUUCCAAAUCCAUUACCACAACAGAAAUCAGAAUGUUCUGAAUCUGAGAAGGUUGAUGAGGUGAAGACAUCUGAUGUUGUCAGGGUUGAUCCAGGACUGAUGUCCAAAAACACAGAUUUGCCUUCUUCCUUGGUGAUGGAGCAAGAUAAAGCUGAUGCAUCAUAUGAUAGCCCACUGGCUGCUGCAGAACCAAAAUAUUGUUUGACUGGAGAGAAUUGUGAAGAUGCUAAUGAGGAACCGAAUCCUUCAGAAGCUGAGAUUGGUAAUGAAAUGGAUGCAUCUGAUGUAGCUGGGAUUAAUACACAACUUUCAUCUAGUAACAAUAUUGUGCCAUCAUCUUUCUUGAUGACCAAAGAUGAUAAGAUUGUGGUGUCAUCUGACAAUGGCCCACAAUGCAGCGUGCAAGUACUCAAGGGAUCGGAAGAUUGUCAGACUGAAGGGAGCUGUAAAGAUGCCACUGAGGGUCCAUCUACAAAUCCAGUACUACUGCAGGAAUUAAUUAUUAAUUCUGAAGCUGAGACAUGUAAUGAAGGCAAGACACAGGUUCGGCUAUCUGUGGAAGAUGUCACAGCAUCAGGGGGAAAAAGAGAGGUGGAGACAUUGUCUGAUGAGGGUCCACAAGGAAUCUUGGAAGCCCAGGAUGGAUCAAGAGGACUAGCUGACUUUGAGGAAGGGGCAGAUAGUAAAAGCUGUGCUGCUGAGAUGGGAAAUGUAUCUGAAGUCCCAAAACCCUCAGUAUCAGCUGAGAAGGUGGAAAGAAUCUUGGAAGCCCAGGAUGGAUCAAGAGGACUAUCCGACGUUGAGGAAGGGACAGAUAGUAAAAGCUGUGCUGCUGAGAUGGGAAAUUUAUCUGAAGUCCCAAAACUCUCAGUAUCAGCUGAGAAGGUGGAAGGAAUCUUGGAAUCCCGGGAUGGAUCAAGAGGACUAUCUGACAUUGAGGAAGGGACAGAUACUAAAGGCUGUGCUGCUGAGAUGGGAAAUUUAUCUGAAGUCCCAAAACCCUCAGUAUCAGCUGAGAAGGUGGAAGGAAUCUUGGAAUCCCGGGAUGGAUCAAGAGGACUGGCUGACAUUGAGGAUGGGACAGAUAGUAAAAGCUGUGCUGCUCAGAUGGAAAAUGUAUCUGAAGUCCCAAAACCCUCGGUAUCAGCUGUGAAGGGGGAAGAAAUCUUGGAAGCCCAGGAUGGAUCAAGAGGACUAUCUGACAUUGAGGAAGGGACAUGUAGUAAAAGCUGUGCUGCUGAGAUGGGAAAUUUAUCUGAAGUCCCAAAACCCUCAGUAUCAGCUGAGAAGGUGGAAGGAAUCUUGGAAUCCCAGGAUGGAUCAAGAGGACUAGCUGACAUUGAGGAUGGGACAGAUAGUAAAAGCUGUGCUGCUGAGAUGGGAAAUGUAUCUGAAGUCCCAAAACCCUCGGUAUCAGCUGUGAAGGGGGAAGGAAUCUUGGAAGCCCAGGAUGGAUCAAGAGGACUAUCUGACAUUGAGGAGGGGACAGAUAGUAAAAGCUGUGCCGCUGAGAUGGGAAAUGUAUCUGAAGUCCCAAAAUCCUCAGUAUCAGCUGAGAGGGUGGAAGGAAUCUUGGAAUCCCAGGAUGGAUCAAGAGGACUAGCUGACAUUGAGGAUGGGACAGGUAGUAAAAGCUGUGCUGCUGAGAUGGAAAAUGUAUCUGAAGUUCCAAAACCCCUAGUAUCAGUUGAGAAGGUGGAAGGAUUAUCUAAGGAAGGUAUAGUUGGCAGCCAAGCAAUAAUGCAGGUAUCAGAAGAAUCUGAAACUGUUACGGGAGAUGGAAUUGAUGUUACUCCAGAUUGUUUGGCUGUGCCAGAAACUGUGUCAAAUGAUGGGGCUUCAUCUUUGUGCUCUUCAGCAGCAGGAAGUGAACAUGUGGACAGCUUGUCUGAGAAGGAUUUAGUUGGCAACUCUGUUGCAGAACUUUACACUAAAGAAUCUGAAGCAGGUGUUUCUGACCAGGAAAAUCAAGUAGUGCAAGAAAAUGCCAUGGAAGAUAUGGAACAUGAGUACUUGUCCGAGAAGGAUUUGGUUGGCAACACUGCAGCAAAACUUGACACCAAGGAAUCUGAAGCUGGUGUUUGCAACCAGGAAAGACAAGAAAAUGAGUUGGACAUUGAAAAAUCCCCUCCGUCUGCAGCAGAGGGCUCCUCUUAGAAGGUUUUCAGUGCCUGCUCAGAAAUAUAGCAGGAAUCAAAAGAAUAUGAAGUUGAGGAUUGAAGAAACAUUUUUCAAGAGUCAGGUUGUAAAUGAAAAGGCACCUUAAAGAGCUUGGAUGAGAAGAGAAAGUGGAAGGAAACGGCCAAUAAUAUGAAACCAAGUAAUGAAAUCUGACCUUGUAUAUAUUAUUAUAUUAUUAUAUCAUAUGUAAGGAUUUUUUGUACAUAUAUGUUGUAGUUUUCCUUUUAACUCCUGCUGGUUAUCCUAUUACUUGGCUAAUUAUUAGUUAUUUUUGCUACCGACGAUUUGUUAAAAUGGUAACCCAUUACAUCUAUUUGAAUAGGAUAUUUCAAUGUUAAUCAUCAAACAAAUUAUAGUGAAGAGUUCUCUUUUAUUUGGUUGC